GCGGCCUCCCCGCCCGGGGCCCCCAACCCCGGCCGCCUCUCGGAGGAGCAGAGCAAGACGGUGGAAGCCAUCGAGAUCGACUGCUACAACAGCCUGGCAGCCUGCCUGCUGCAGGCUGAGCUGGUGAACUACGAGCGAGUCAAGGAGUAUUGCCUCAAAGUCCUGAAGAAGGAAGGAGAGAAUUUCAAGGCCCUUUACCGGUCUGGUGUGGCCUUCUACCACCUUGGAGACUAUGACAAAGCACUCUACUACCUGCAAGAAGCAAGGACCCGACAGCCAACAGAACACAAGCACCACGAGGGAUCACUGCCUUACCACCAGCAACCAGCACAGUACCUGGCCCACAGCCCACCCCAGCUCAGAGACCCUCCUGCCGAGUCCAGAGAACCUUACCCUGAAUUACAGCCGUUGUUCAAUGAGCGACAGAACUUCCCAUGUAUCAGGGUCAUCACCCCAGUCCAGGCUACCUUCUCUUCCUGCGUGUCAGGCGGACAAGUCCACCGGCCUCCUUUGACAGCCAUGACCUUUCUUGUCCUCCAGGCAAUCCAUUCUCCGCUCCACAGCCUGAAUGAUCUUUUAGAAAUUCAAAGUGGAUUAUGUUGCCCAUGACUGAAGACACUGGUUUCUUUUAAUUUAGAAUAAAAUCCAAACUCUUUACUACAGUCUGAAAGUCCCCCAGUGCAGUCCUCUCUUGAUGGGCUCCUCAUCUUUCAGGUCUCAGCUUCUCAAGCAGGAGUCAUUUUGGCCCCCAAGGUACUUUCGACAAUGUCUAGAGACUUUUUUGGUUGUCGUAAUGGGGGUGGAAGGUGCUACCAGCAUCCAGUGGGCAGAGGCCAGGCAAGCUGCUAGACGUUCUGCAGCGUGUAGGAUGGUCACUGCA